UCAAGCUUUUGACACCCAAUUGGGCCAAGUACCGGGAGGCGUUCUGCUGUUGAUUAUUAUCUACAGAGGGGGAGAGAGAGAGAGAGGGAUGGGAGAUCUCUACGCUUUGGACUUCGAUGGAGUUAUCUGCGAUAGCUGCGGCGAGAGCUCUCUCUCUGCUGUCAAGGCUGCGAAGUUGAGAUGGCCAAGCCUAUUUGAAGGUAUGGAUUCAGCAACGGAGCAUUGGACUGUUGACCAGAUGUACACUGUGCGUCCUGUAGUAGAAACUGGAUAUGAGAACUUGUUGCUUGUAAGGUUGCUGUUGGAGAUGAAGGUUCCUUCUAUUCGCACAUCAUCGGUUGCAGAGGGACUCACAGUUGAGGGAAUAUUGGAGAACUGGUCCAAGAUAAAACCUGUUAUAAUGGAAGAAUGGGGUGAGAGUAGAGAUGCUUUGAUUGAUCUUUUUGGGAAGGUAAGGGAUGAAUGGAUGGAGAACGACUUGGCUACUUGGAUCGGUGCGAAUAGAUUUUAUCCAGGUGUUCCUGAUGCUCUGAAAUUUGCAAGUUCAAGAAUUUAUAUUGUCACCACAAAACAGAGCCGCUUUGCUGAUGCAUUACUACGAGAGCUAGCAGGAGUAAGUAUACCACCUGAAAGAAUCUAUGGCCUAGGAACUGGUCCCAAAGUAGAAGUGCUGAAACAGCUUCAAAAGAAACCGGAACAUGAGGGGCUGACACUAAACUUUGUGGAAGAUCGACUUGCAACACUGAAGAAUGUCAUUAAAGAACAUGAACUGGAUGGCUGGAAUUUGUACUUAGGGGACUGGGGGUAUAACACUACGAAAGAGAGAGAGGAAGCAGCCAACAUUCCCAGAAUUCGCAUGCUUGGGCUGUCUGACUUUACUAAGAAGCUGAAAUAACCAACUGCUUCACCAUAUUUCCCUCGGGUAAACUAAUCUUUGCUAGAUCAAUUAUUAUGGAGUUCCAGUUACAUUUAUGAAACCCACUCGAGGGUGCAUUCUAAUUGUGAAAAUUAACACCUUCAUAUGUCCGUACGAACCAUACUUUCCCCGGGUAAAAUAAUCUUUGCUAUAUCAA